AAGUUUUGUGUGGAUUGUGGUCGUAUUUCUGUUCUAAAUGUCUUCAACAUCACAAUAAAUUUCCAGCACUAAGAUCACACCAGAUAUUAGACAAAUCAGAUAAAAUCAAAUCAGAUGGAAAUAUUGAAACAGGACCCGGAUUACCAACAGAAAGGUGCGCAAUUCAUCAUGGCAAGUUAGUGGACAUGUUUUGUAAAGACCAUGAUGAAGUGUGUUGUGCAGCAUGUAUAGCUAUAAAACACAGGUCAUGUAUCAAUGUUGAUUAUCUACCCGACGUUGCCCAGGGUAUAAACAACAGUGCUGAGUAUGAAAAAACUAAAUCAUCACUCGAGAAUGUUCUCGUCGAAUUAAGAGGUGUGAUAGAAGCUAAAACAGAUAAUCUCAAAAUACUUCAAGAGGAAAAGGAGCAAUUAUUGGAAGAGAUAGAAAACUUGAAAACGGAAAUUCUAAUGAAGGUUGAAGAGCUGGUAGAAACUUCGAAACAACAAGUAUCAUUGAAGUAUGGAGAAGUAAAGAAACAUAUCCAGUCAGAUCUAGACGCUUUAAAUACUAUUUUAACAACGACAACAACAGAUCUCCGGAAACUGUCAGAAAAAAAUGAAUCCCAGUUGUUUGUAAAUCUCAAAGCAAGUAAAGUUUCUAUCAGGGAUUGUAAAACUUUUUUGAGUGACUUAUCUACAGGUAAAGUAAAUGAGAAGAUGGGAUUGGCGGCCAAUAACAGUCUGAAAGGUAAAUUGAAUGACAUCGAGAGUUUGGUCUCUGAUGCAAAUUUCUUAUGCGGGCGUUACAUUGAUGUGAAGGAAUAUAAAGCAACACCAUCUGGGAAAUACAAGAUCGAUCCGGAACAUUGUGUGGUAACUGGUAUAUGUGCGAUGGAUGGUGGUUAUUUUGUCAUUGCUGAUUACACACAUUCAAAACUGAAGCGAAUGAAUAAAAAAUUCACGGCGACAGAUUUUGUUGAAGUAUGUGGACAUCCAUACUCAGUAUGUAGAGUAGGACAAAACGAGGUUGCAACGUACAUAAAUUGUAAAGUUCAGAUACAGCUUUUUUCGCUCGGAAACACUAUGCAGUUGACAUCGACAAUAAAUAUCAGCAAGUGUAAUAAUCCUGUUGGUGUUUGUUUAUGA